GGCUUGCUCCUCGUUCCAUGUUGCCGGGUAUAUCCACGAUGUGCCGAAAUCCCUGGGACUAUAACUAUGCCUCGACUCCCUCCUGCGGUCUGAGUGGACGUCAAACUAUUCUACAAGCAGCAGCGCAACUAACUACCGCCCUCCAUCAUGCGUGGGCUUUUCACUCUUUCUCUGCUUUCUGCGGCGCUGGGCGCCUCUGCCGGCUUGACCGCAUCCAACCUCGAGACUCAUGUCGAUGUGCUGGCACUCGACAACUCGUUCAACCCGAUCGAAGCCGCCUACUGGACUAGCUUUGCUCAUCACCGUCGCACUCCUUUCGCGGUGUCCCCCAACGGCAAGACUGCCUAUCUGGCUUAUCUCGACUCGAGCGGAACCGAUGUUCAUGUUACGGAGCUGGACCCCACCACCUUCAAAGCCACGGGCACGUCGGUGACAGUUAGUGGUGGCAAGGAAGCGGGUGGUCUCGUUGCCCACGAUGACGGCUUUGCUUUGUUGACCAACGAGGUCAUGCCCUCUGGCACGACCAACGCGCCCCCCAGCGACACCCCCGUCCCCGUCCUCCACCGUUACACAAAUGGCAAGCAGACCUGGAAGACCUGGCUCGGUGGUCCGGACGUGCACGCCUCGGAUGGUCUGGCUGAGGCAGUGGACAUGAACGGUGACCUGGUCUACUCGGAAGCCGCUGGCAUGUACGGUGCCUACUUUGUGGUCAGUGACUACUCCGGCUGGGCCGAGGGCCACUAUGGCGACAGCAUUGAGUACGUGGCCGACAAUGGUACUUUGCUCGACAUUAGUGGUGCCUCCAGCGCUUGGGGUUGCAGUCACAACACCGGAAUUGCCUUCGAAGCCGCCGAUGAGCCCCCUUUUGCCAGUAUCUGUGCGGAAGACCAGGGUGCCAUCUGGCUGAACACCAAGACCCAGGGCAUGACCAACAACGGAGUCAAGAUCUCGAACGAGAACACCACCAACGGUGCCUCCGGUGAGCCAAUGGGCGGAAUGUCCGGUAGUUACAGCGGACUGGCCCGGUUUGCCGACAGCAGCCGCUACAUCUUCACCUGGGUGUCUCGUGGCGCCGUCGAUGUGACAGAGAACAGCUGGAUGGGCGAGGGAUACACUCACGUCAACAACCGCACCAACCCCCGCAACGUUGCCCUGGCUCUCCUCUCCGAUAAGUACACCAAGGUCGGUGAGCAAGCGACUUCGACCGUGGGCGACGAGGACGGCGACAGCCAGAUAACCUGGGUCACCUCCGGCUCCAAUGACUGCUCCAACGCUCACGCCGCCACCUUCGGCAACAGCUCGGCCCUCAUCACCUGGGAAGAAAUUUCCGACCCUGUGUGCGGCUACAUCGCCAUGGGCUGCCAGGGUAAAUUUGCCGGAACCUACUUCCAGCAAGUGGAUGCCAGCGGCAAGAAGGUGGGCGAUGCUUUUUCCAGCUCCGAUGUCUACGUUGCCGGUGACAUGGUGACCAUGUCCGACGGUCGCAUUUGCUGGCCCUACGUGAGCAUGGACUGGGAUUUAUCCCUGGUAGUGUACGACGCCGACUCAUCCAAGUUUACCAAGAAGAUGAGCUUUGCCUGCAUGUCCCCUAGUGGCAGCGCCAGCAGCUCCAGCAGCUCCGCCGCCGCCGCCGCCGGUCAGGUCAGCAGCAGUGUCGCCAGUGCCUCCACCGCUGAGGCAGCUGCUACUUCCAGUGUGGCUGCGGCUUUUGUCGAGACUACUGCUGCUGCUCACACCGCAGUUGUCAGUUCGGUUGCUCCUGCUUCUGCUACCGAGGCCACGGUUGUCUCCUCGGCCGACCAGAUCCCCAGCUGGGCCACUGCCCAAGUAUUACUGGAUUGA